AUGGCUGGAUUAGCGCCGUUCCCGAAAUUUGAUGUGUACGGGGAGGAAACAUCCCUUGGCACAAGAUGGACUAAAUACGUGACAAAGUUGGAAAAUUUGUUCACAGGACUUAGCAUUGACUCCAAAAAACGGAGGAAAGCGCUAUUACUUCACUAUGCCGGAGAUGAAGUAUUCGAAAUAUACGAAACAUUGAAUCUUGGAGACAGCGAUUCAAACUACGAUGACGUCAAGCAAGGGUUAACAGGCUAUUUCCAACCGAAGAAAAACAGAGAGUUCGAGCGGUUCGAAUUUAGGAACCUAAAACAACAUCACGCCGAAACAAUAGACCAAUUUGCAACUCGCCUCCGCCACAAGGCAGACAAUUGUGAAUUUUCGGACAAAGACGGUGAAAUAAAGAGCCAAAUCAUCCAAGGCUGCGUGUCAAAGAAACUACGACUUAAAUGUCUGGAAGAAGACAAGCCGCUUAAAGAUAUUUUAACAAUGGGAAGAACAAUGGAAAUUGCGGACAGACAAGCCAAAGCAAUGGAACCGCAAUACAGCGACGUAAACAAAAUUAAAGUCACACCGCAACACACAAAAUCGCAACAUGCAAAUUAUAGCUAUCCACCCUCAGCACAAAGAAAACGUCAACAACAGUCACAAUCAAGACAAACGUGCAGAAACUGUGGCGGCAUAUAUCCACAUCAGACCAAGUGCCCAGCCUACGGAGCGACAUGUAAUUAUUGUCGUCAACCAAACCACUUUAUUGGCGUAUGCAGAAAACGAACGCGUAAGGCACAGGUUCAUGGAAUUGACCAGGUGGAAAAUGAGGCACAAAAGGAGCAUUCGGUGUCGGAUACAGACACAUUAUUUGGAGUCAACGUUUUGACAGAUAACAAAGUACCAAAGAUAAUAUUAAGCAUAAAUGGUGUUCAAACGAAAACUCUAAUUGAUACCGGAAGUUCAAUAAACAUAAUCAGCCAAGAUGUUGUUAACAAAAUGAAACCAAGGCCAAUGCUGAAGAAAACAAACAUAGAAGUGUUCGCAUUUGCACAAAAUAAACCGUUAACCAUAAAAGGCAAAUAUACAUUUACAGUGGAAACUAAAUCAAAAGUGACAGCAGCAGAAUUUCACGUUGUUCAGGGAUCAUCAGUGACAUUAAUCAGUUACCAGACAUCUGUUGAACUCGGUAUUGUGCCAGUAAUAAACUCAGUGAACAGUAACAAAUACGAGGAAUUAUGUGACAAAUAUCAGUCCGUGUUCACUGGACUAGGCAAAUUAAAAGACAAACAAAUCAAGUUCCAUGUUGACGAAAACGUCGUGCCUAUAGCACAACCAGCUAGAAGAAUUCCAUUCCACGUGCGAGAAAAAGUGGAACAGGAAAUAAUACGACUAGAACAGCAAGAUGUCAUUGAAAAGGUGGACGGGCCGACACCUUGGGUUUCGAACAUUGUUGUAGCACCAAAGCCAAACGCUCCAGACCAAAUAAGGCUUUGUGUAGAUAUGAGAAAAGCAAAUCAAGCAUUGAAACGCGAGCGUCAUGUAGUGCCUACAACUGAUGACAUAAUCCUGGAAUUAAACGGGUCAAAGGUGUUCUCCAAAGUGGAUUUUAAUAAAGGAUUUCACCAGCUUGAGCUGUCCGAGGAGUCACGCAACAUGACAGUGUUUGCAUCGCAUGUCGGAUUAUACAGGUACAAACGACUGAAUUUCGGUGUAAGCGUAGCGCCAGAAAUAUUCCAGAAUGAAAUACGACAAGUGCUUACAGGUCUCGAGGGAACAUUGAACAUAUCGGAUGACAUUAUAAUACACGCACCAUACCGUGACGAACAUGAUCGGAGACUCGUAGCCGUACUGCAACGAAUGCAAGACAAAAAUCUCACACUCAACAAGCAGAAGUGCGAAUUUGGUAAAACCUCUGUCAAAUUCUAUGGCUUUGUUUUUUCGGACAAAGGCAUAAGUCCCGAUCCGGCCAAAAUCACAGCAGUUCAAAAUAUAGCCGAGCCGAAGACUACAGGUGAAUUAAGGUCAUUCUGA